CACGUUCUCGUCCCGCCCUUUCUAGGUAGCUUGUGGGCCGUACGGCUCUCCUCCCGGCCUGGGUGCUCAGGGCGGCGGCCACCCGCGGGUUUGGCAAAGUUGGCAGCGGGGCAGGCGCGUGGAGCCGCGCGCCAGUCGGGACCGGCGCCGUGCGGGGACGGCGCCCAUUGGCCGGCCAGCGCCACGUGGCCACCCUCGCCGCUAUAUUAAGCCACUAUUUACCCCCGGUUCGCUUGCCAUGGCUCGGCGAGGGCCGCUCGGCUAGUGAGCGAAGGCUGAGUGACGCAGACCACGGCAGUCCUGCCGGCCCCGAAUCCCGGCCGGCGCGCUCAGGUGGGUGGGCUGGAGCCAUGAGCUCCUACCUGGACUACAUGUCGUGCGGCCGCGGCAGGGGCGGCGGCGGCGACGUGCUGAGCUUCGCUCCCAAGUUCUGCCGCGCCGACGCCCGGCCCGUGGUCUUGCAGCCCGCUUUACCCCUGGGCAGCGGCGACGGCGCCUUCGUCAGCUGUCUGCCCCUGGCCGCGGCCAGAGCGGCGCCCUCGCCCCCGACUGCCCCAGCGCAGCCUCCCGCGCCGGCUCCGGCCCCGCCCGCGUACGCGCCGUGCCCCCUGGAGGGGGCCUACGAGCCGGGCGCCGCACCUGCCGCGGCUGGGGGCACGGACUUUGGCCUUCCGGGGCCCGGGCCCGCGUACGACUUCCCGUGCGCUCUCGGGCGGCCGGCCGACGACGGCGGGGCGCACGUCCACUAUGCCACCUCGGCCGUCUUCUCGGGCGGCGGCUCCUUCCUCCUCAGCGGCCAGGGGGAUUACGUGGCCUUCGGCGAGCCCGGCCCCUUCCCCGCGUGUCUCAAAGAGCCGGCCGACGGCCACUCCGGGGCCUUCCAGACCGCGUCCCCAGCCCUCGGCGCCUACCCCACAUCUGCGUCCCCGGCCUCUGGCCUCCCCGCCGCCUUCAGCACGUUCGAGUGGAUGAAAGUGAAGAGGAACGCCCCGAAGAAAAGCAAACUCGCCGAGUAUGGAGCAGCCAGCCCCCCCAGCGCGAUCCGCACGAAUUUCAGCACCAAGCAACUGACAGAACUGGAGAAGGAGUUUCAUUUCAAUAAGUACUUAACUCGGGCCCGACGCAUCGAGAUAGCCAACUCAUUGCAGCUGAAUGAUACCCAAGUCAAAAUCUGGUUCCAGAACCGCAGGAUGAAACAGAAGAAAAGGGAACGAGAAGGGCUUUUGCUGUCAGCCACCCCCGUGGCUUCCCUCCAACUUCCCCUCUCAGGAACGAGCCCCAUCAAAUCUGGCAAGAACCCGGGGAGCCCUUCUCAGGCCCACGAACCUUCAUAAAGUUUAGUCAUGAGGCCGAAGAACCAUGGCCUGCAGAAUUCAUAGGCCACCCCACCACUACCUGGACUUAUUAGCUCAGUUUGAGAUGGUGGUGGGCAUGGGCAGAAAUAAUAGAGGUUUCACUUGGGAGAACUAUCUUAAGUGGCUUCUGAGUUCCAGGCUGUGGGUAUACAGAUGCUAAUUUAAAGUCUCUAAAGUCACUUAUUUGUGUCUUAUCAGGGAAAUGGUGCCCAGCCCUGCUGCUAUGUUGUCUUAGUUGUAUGCAAUUCUCGGUGCAGAGUGGCAGAGCAUUCCUUGCUGAGCUCUGCCAAGCCUCUGGUGUGCUCAGAAGAAGCAUCUACUCAAAGUUUUAUCUGGUUUUAAUUUAAAAGACUAGGCGACAUGUAUUCAGCUUCUAGAGAUGCCUAAAGCUAGUUAUAGGUAGGGCCUCCCUAAUGUAGCUAAGCUGCUUCAACAAUGGUCUUCACAUUUGCACUGCAGCCUUUUCCCCCCUUUUCUUUAAAAAGCAGUUUCUACCUCUUCAUGUGCCUGAGUGAAGAUACAAUCGCUGUUUAGUUGGUAGCUGAAGAAAUCCACAGGGUGGAUUAAGAUCCUAAGCUAUACGUUGACACCAGUUACUCAAACUUGAAUGUAAAUAUAUACAGUAUGUAUAUUUUUUAAAAGGUUUGCUUGCAAUGAACUUAUAUGUGACAUUUAAUGUCAUAGCAUGUGAAGGGUUUGAACUUUUUUUUGUAAUAAAAAUUACAGAAUCUGC